UAUUUCAGACGGACUUUAAGUAUGUAAGGUCUAUAUUCAGUUGGUGGAAAAUUUUGGUUUAAGUUUAGAGUUUAAUCCAGGAAGGAAAUAUUAACUUUUUCUAAUAUUCGGAUGAAAAACAUGAAAGCAGAUUUUGUCUUUUUCAUCUACGUUUUUGGAACUAUGUCGUUACCUUGGGAAGUAACGACGAGCGUUACCAUAAACAGUACUGGUGGACUCGGAGAUACAGGUACUGUGCGAUGUGGGUCGGAGGUUACUUUUAUGUGUAAUAUCUCAACCUAUAUGUACUCUAUGACAUGGUCUAUAGAUUCCGUAAUAGUAGCACAAUGUACAUUGUUGGAGUGUACAGAUACAGAGCUCAAAAACACAAUGUUCACGUUCAACACUUCCACAGGAAUAUUUACAAUGACAAUUAAUCCGGUCACAUUUGCAACCAACGGCAGAGUGAUUACAUGUGAAGAUGGAACAAGCUCAACCGAUGUUACGAUAAAUGUGAUAGUUCUUCAAGAGCAAAGUGACACCACAAUGUUCGACUCCAGUUACCAAGAUACAAUAAAUAUAACGGUAGAAACGGGAUGUGUGUUUCCAAGUGCGUCAGUGUCACUUCAUUGGUACUAUUACGAGAUUGACACAGUAUUGCUCGAAAUAUUUGUUUGCCGGCAGCUCCAUGUUUCACCAUGA